AAGGAAAUAAAAAGCAAUUUUGUUUCUAAUUGUUCAUAAAUACGACAAGGUCUGGAUUCCAUAUCGAAGAAGAACACUCUUAUAGAUUUUUUGUCGGACAAGGAUGGCCCGAAACAAGGCGCUUAUUGCCGAUCUAUUCUCGUCUGCAUUAGGUUUAGUUUUCUCUGGUAUUGCCAUCGUAACACCUGGCUUCUUCAUUAUUCAGAAUCAAAGGAUGAGCAUCUUUUACGUUAACUAUAAGGAGUCUGGAUCUGACUCAUGGUCAACAAAGACCUACCAAGCUUAUGAUGAGGAGCAUUAUACGAAUGGAUCCACUCAGCUCUCAAUGCUAGAUGUGCAGUUGGAAAGCCUACUUACUCUUGUUCUUGGUGGAGUCGGUUGGUUGAUUCUUUUGUCAAAUAGCAGGAAAACAGCGCCAAUACCACUGAGGUGUUUGACAGGGGGAAUAUUUCUACUAGUUGCAGCUAGUUCUGAGUUCGCAGUUCUGAUACGCUUUAUAGUUUUAAACACUAGUCAUAGUGCUGUAAAAACAAAUUUACAAAAAUUGUUCGAUAGCCUCAGGCUGUCGAAAGUCAAGGUUCCAAUCUCCCUUAUUGUUGCUGGCUUUGGUAUAACCUUAAUUUUUAUUGCUGUGGUAAGAAUUUUUAUUCGCUAUAAGAGAAACCAAUUAACCUCCGAGAUUCAUCAUCGAUGUCAAAGGACCCUGUGAGUAACGACAGAGAAUUCAGGAUCGAUUCUCAACACUUGACGGAUGAAGACGAGAGAUGUAACACAGAAGUCAGAGUUCAAUGAUAAAAAAACAAUUAUAAACUUUUAUUUCAUAAAUUACAUAUGUAACAGUAUUCCUCAUAGCUUUUUUUUCAAAUAGGUUAACCUAGCUAAUUCAUAUUUUCCAGGUUACGUUGGAAAAUUUUGUGUAAGAUUUUGUUAUAUUUUGAAAAAAAAUUAGUAUAAGAUCAGACACAAAACAAAACAAAGUCGCAUAUCAAAGCACUAAAGAAAACGUACGAUUUCUUUAUAUUUUUGGUAUUGAUUAUUUAAA